AUGUCACGGGGCCAAACAACACACACCACCACCACACCUCCCUCACCCCUUUCCUCUCCCCCGCCCUUGUCUCUCUCUCUCUCUCUCUCUCUCUCCUGGGAGGCGGCCCACCCGUUCGCCCCCCGCAACUCCUUUCCCCCCUGCCACGGGGCCCAACCACACUCACCACCACCACCACCACCACACCUCCCUCGCCCCUUUUCCUCUCCCAGGGGGGCAGGAGAGGAAGCGGAGGCUGGAAGAGGGACGGGGGUGUCGUGGUGGUGGUGGCGCGUACUAUCAGGACCCGUGCUGGGGUCCCCUCCCCCGCCGUUGUGGGCGCAAGCACCCGCUGGGGGCCGCGGCUCUCCCCAGCGCCGGCCCCGUCGAGGUCAGGCCCGCCGCGAUCUCGCUGGUGUUCGACGGCGACGUCCCCGUGGAGGUCUUGGACGGCAGGCAGCUGAACGUUGCGACCAUAUCCUCGGAGGUGACGCUGAGGAGGUACCGGGACGCCCUCAACAUGCUCACCUCGAACAGGCAGGACGGCCCCUCCGCGGGGCUCAUGUCGAUGUGCUUCGGGGACGCCGGCCGGCCACGCUUCCACGAGGCCCACCGCUAGCCGGCUGCGAGCGCCCGGACGCUGUCGACUGCGCCUUCCGGACCGAGCAGUCGCACAGGCUGAACGAGCCGCAGCAGGCGGCCGUGGUCAAGGCGCUGCGGGCCAAGGACAUGGCCAUCAUACACGGCCCCCCGGGCACAGGCAAGACGACGACGCUGGUCGCCUACAUCCUCGAGGCGGCCUACCGCAAGCAGAGGCUGCUCGUCACGGCGCCGUCCAACGUGGCGGUCGACAACCUGCUCGAGCGGGUGGUGGAUGCAGGCUGCCGGUCCGUGGUGCGCAUCGGCCACCCUGCGCGCGUGCAGAGCGAGCUGCAGGCGUACACGCUGGACAACGUCGUCUACUCCUCGGACCAGGGCGCGCUCUGCCGCGACAUCAAGCGGGAGAUCGACGACGCGCUCAAGAGGAUUAACAACCGGGGCGCCAAGGCGAAAGACGCCGCGUUUGUGCCCAAAGGCGAGCUGGGCGUGCUCCGGAAGGAGCUGCGGCAGCGGGAGCGGCGGGCCGUGACGGAGGUGCUGAAGACUAAGCAGGUGGUCUUUGCCACCUGCCCUGGCGCCGCCACGCUCCACCGCGAAGCGCGCAGGAGCGGCGCCGAGGACGGUGGCGGCGCCGACUCGGGGUUCGACGUCGUCAUCAUAGACGAGGCGGCGCAGGCGCUGGAGGUGUCCUGCUGGAUCCCCAUGCUGCUUGGCAGGAAGACGGUGCUUGCCGGCGACCACCAGCAGCUCGCCGCGUGCGUGAAGUCCAACGAGGCGCAAAGGCGCGGCCUGGACCGGACCCUGUUCGCCCGCAUGAUAGACAAGUUUGGCGACGACGUGGCCGCGCUCCUGUCCAUCCAGUACCGCAUGAACGCGACCAUCAUGGGGUGGUCGUCGCGGUCGUUCUACGACCAGCGCCUCGAGGCAGCGGACUCGGUUGCGUCCAGGACGCUCGAGCUGUCCGAAGUCCCCGCCGAGAGCCUGGUGGGCGAGACGCUGGCGGCCAUGCAGGCGCCGAUGCUCUUCGUCGACACUGGAGGCCUCGCGCUCUACCGCGAGGCCUUGCUCGCGAUGCGGGCCGCCGUGGUGGCGGUGGGCGCCCUCGCGGCCCUCCUGGCCGCGGACGCGCGGCUCGCGAAGCAGCAGCAGGCCGCCUCGCUCAACGCCGAUGACAAGAGCAACCGGACCGGCGAAGGCGACCAGGGAGUGGGUGAGGUGGUGGACUUCGUCGUCGACGUCUUCGACCCACUGCCGGGAGCCCUGCCCGACAGGGCCCAGGUCGUGCAGCUGGCCGCGGGCGUGAACACGUCCGCCCGGGCGGCCCGACAGGGCUCAACGGUCGAGGACACCGUGGAGGCCGCGGCGUCGGGUGUCGCCAAGAUCGUGUUCGGCCUCCUGUUCGUGGCCAUCGCCGUGCCCGUCCACUGGUUCAACGAGGAGCGCAGUGCCCGGCUCAACACGCUGCUUGUGCACGGGCGCAGCCAGUGCGUCAGCCUAAGCGGCGACGAGCCGAAGGAGAGCGACCGUGGCCGCCUGGUGCACGUGCAGGGCAAGGCGAAGGGCGUAGUGCCUUUCUCCGACCGCCAGUUCCCAGACGUUGGGGUCAAAGGCGCACUGAAGCUGCAGAGCACCGUGGAGGUGUACGAGUGGACCCAGCGCGUCAAGACGUGGAUGGAGGGCCCGAACCGGAAGAGCCAGCCCCGCUUUCAGCAGGAGUGGACGACGGUCCACGUCGACACGCGGUCAUUCAAGGGGCCUAGCCCGGAGAACCCACGCUUGCCCGCCGGUCUCGCCCUGGGCACCACCACCCAGGCGUGCCCCCGUAUCCAGCUCGGGGGCUUCGUGCUGACCGAGGACAUGGUCAAGCACAUGCACAGGUUCGAGCCGGCGAUGCCGCACCUGCCCGACAAGCUCACCGCGCACCUGACCAGCAAGCUCGUCUUCUUCGCGGACCGCCAGGACGGCUACUACUACGCGCGUCCAAGCGCGGGGCCGGGGACGGCCCGGAGCGGCCCGCGGCCCUACACGGAGCACCAGGUCGGAGACGUCCGCGUGCGGUUCAUGUACGUGCCCGAGACCGACGCAACGGUUGUGGGAGUGCAGUGCCAGAGGGACAGCUGCGAUAGUUUCGUGCCCUACCGCCCCAUCUCACGCGUACUGUGGGAGCCAGGGGACAGCGAGCGCCAGAAGCUCAUCGAAGAGGGCGACAGGCCGUUCAAGGACCUGAAGCGCGAGGCCUCCUGCUGCUGCACUGGCGGCGUUGCCUCGUGCUGCUGCUGCACCUGCAACGCGAUCGCGCACUGCUGCAAGGAGGAGGUCAUCACCGAGGAGAUCUUCCACAUAUCGGACCAGCUGGAUCCCAAGGAGAGGGCCUUCGAGAAUGUCGUCCGGCGGAACCCGUGCCGCGUCUGGAACUUCCGUCUGCUCGGGUCGUGCAUCAUGUUCUGGGGCGUCGGCAUGAUCACGGGGUCUCUGCAGGGGGCGGUGGUGGGCUCUCUGGGCGUGGUCGGCGCGAGCGUCAACCUCACUCUCCUGACCGUGGUUGUCACGCUCGCAGCACAUGCGCUCAUCGUCGCCGUGGCCUACACGUGCUACCACCCACUCGCGGCGUUCCAGUGGUACUGCGUGGCGGCCACUGUCCUCGCAGCGCCGCUGGUGGUGAGCGAGCUCACGUGA